GGUGGUCGAGACAAGCGCACGUUUGCAGUCCUGCAUACCUACGAGCCUCCCUAUACUGUAUAUACUACGCUAUGGGCCAUCAGCAGUCUUCCAAUCUAUUCACCCCGCGGCUUACCAUGUUAGCAUUAGAUCCUUAUAGUCCCAGACGCCAAGGUGUGGCAGAGGACAAAGCCACAUGGGAAUCAUGGGAUACAAAAGCCACUCAUCAGGAAACUGCCUGUCCCCAUCAUUGGGAAGGGCGGGGGAAAGGAGCGGGCACGUUGGAACCACCCUCUCCGCGCGCUUGUUCCGUUUCAAGUUGGUGCACUUGAUGGCGCCUCUUAGCCGCUAACUAGUAGACGAUUGACUCAAGUGAGGGGGGGCUCAGAGAUCUUGCGACGACAUAUGCAGCUGUACGAUCUUGGAAGGACCUAUCUUAGGAGCUGCUCUAGGUUAGUGAUGCCAGUCAGAAAGCGGCAAUGCUAAUCUCCAAAGCAUGACUGAUGGCUUGACUAAGGACGAAUGGCAGUUUCCCUCGCCCAUUCCCAUCCAACAAGACAUCAACGAAUGGCUAGAGAUGCCUGAGGCCCAUAUGUGCAUGAUAUUGGUGGUUAUCUAUAUCAAGCGGAGGCUCUCUGCGGCUCCGGCCUCCCCCAAGAGACCGGUCGCAUUCCGGAGACCGUCGGAAGCACAGCAGUACCUCGACUCUUGGGAUGUGUACGGCUUUCUGUCGGACGUUGGCACGACUGGAACUACCGGCCAGCUUGUAGCCUUAGAUCCAUCUUCGGCGGCACAAACCCCUCAUGCAGCUCACAUCAAAGACGUGAAGGUUGAGGCUACUGUUGGUGGAUGUCACAAAUUCCCCGAUCGGGGCGUCGGGGCGGUUUUUAGCGGGGCCCAAGUUGGUUGCCUGGCUUGGCAGUUGGCACAGCCUCAGAGGGGUUCCCAGCUUACCGGCUUCGACGUCGGUGGCGACAUGCCGUCCUCCUGCGUGUUCCUUCCUGUCAUGACCAAAGCACGAUUGAGUAGGUACGAACAGCCUCCGGGAGAUCGAACGGGGCAGGCGACGGAUGAACAGCAGCACGUAGCCCCGUUUGUACAUGCCCCAUCUGUCAUUGGCCGCUGUUCCGAUGAGAACAGCAUUCUGAACUCAGGAUAGCUUCCACCAGG